AUGCCAAAAGUUUCUAACAGUAAUAAACUUGAGCUCGAAAAUAAUCGACGUAAAACAAUUCUUGCGGCGCUUAAUGAGCAUAAAAAUUCUACCACUAGUCUUAAACACCCUAGUGUAAAUGGUAUAGCAAAUGCCUAUGAAAUUCCUAGAACCACUUUUCGCCGCGCCAUAAAAAAUAAUGAUCCUCCUAAACGCUGGGGCCCACCUACCGUUUUAACUGAACAAGAAGAAAAUCAACUCGUCGGGUAUUGCAUUAACAUGCAAAAGCUUGGAUUUGGUUUAACCCGGUCUGGUGUCAACCAUUGUGUUAUGGAAAUAAUGUGGGGUAACAAAAGGCCACACCCAUUUGGUGACAAGGGGCCAGGCCGAGAUUGGUGGAGACGCUUUAUGAAAGAUCAUACUGAGCUUUCAUUUCGCGUUCUCCAAGAGUUGUCAGAAGCUCGAGCACAAAAAGCAAAUCCAGUUGUUGUUAAAAACCAUUUUGAUAAGCUCAAACAAAUAAUUGAUGAACAUUUACUUACCUCUAUGCAAAUUUGGAACAUGGAUGAAACUGGGUUUGUUCUUGUGCCCAAGUUGGAAAAGGUCAUCGCGAAAAAAGGUGCAUGCCAAGUCCAUAAAGUUGCGCAUGGAAAUUCACACAAACACAUUUCUGUUGCCCCUACAAUUUCAGCUGCUGGGUCACACAUUCCACCUUUAAUUAUCUAUAAAGGUGUUUGUGUAAUCUCUGGUUUGUUAGAGGGUGCGCCUCCAGGGACUGUAAUGGGAUUUACAAGUACUGGAUAUAUGCGCAAGGAGCUUUUCCAAAUGUAUCUUACCCAUUUUAACAAUUCAAUCCCACCUGCUCGUCCAGUCUUGCUGAUGCUUGAUGGUCACAAGAGCCACAUAAGCUAUACGAGUGUUGAUUUCUGCCGCCAAAAUGGAAUCCUUCUUUAUGCGUUGCCACCCCAUACAAUGCAUGUUUUACAACCUUCUGAAAUCCCUUUCGCCAAAUUAAAAAAUGAAUAUGCUAAAGAGUGUGAUAAAUAUAAAUAUAAUAACGGUAAGGUAGUAACAAAGCAUACUUUUGCACGAGUUCUUGGCCCAGCUUUCCUCGAAACCUAUACACUAUCAGCAAUUUGCAACGCCUACAAAAGUACAGAAAUAUGGCUAUUUAAUCCUGAAGCUAUUAGUCCAGAUCGCUUAAACCCUUCUUUAGCAACGGAACGAUUUGAUGUUGUUUCUUCAAAUAGUCAACCACUUGCACAACCGGCUGAGUCACCACCAUCCUCUUCAGAUAACCAACCUUCUACACAAUUGAAUGAGCCGCUUUCACAAUUAUCUACUUACACACAUCAGCUUCGCCUUACUCGUUCAAAUACCAUCCUAUUAGAAAAAGAAAAUAAGAUUCUUUUAAGUGAAAAUGAUUUUCUCAAGAAUGAAAAUAAAAUGUUAAAACUUCAGUUUGCAGCAAUGAAAGAAGAGUUAGAAACUUAUAAGAAUCCUGAAACAUGCUCCCUAUGA